AACUCCAACAACAACAACAAUGUAAGGAAUGUUUUAGCCUCGUUCGUCAACACUGCUUUACAAGUUCUCUGCUGCAGAAGAAUGCUUUCCAUCAAAUGGCUAUGGAAGUUUUGGAGAGUAGCAAUACAGCAGGAAUGUUUGGAAGCUGCUCUGGCUCCAUUGAAGCGAAUCCAACGGGAGUACCGAAUACUCUGAUGGAUUACUGGAGCGGAAAUGUUUCCAGAGUACACAGGAAAUCGAAGCACUCGUCAGUGCCAUCGCAGCCGCUGCUCCCGGGGAUGCCAAGCUCGCUGUUGGGGGCUGCUUCCGCUUGCGAUGGUUCUGAUAUGUGGUCACAGGAUGAACGGGAGCUCAAAAGGCAAAGAAGAAAGCAAUCCAACCGGGAGUCAGCAAGGCGAUCGAGAUUGCGAAAGCAGGCAGAGUGUGAAGAACUAAGCACCAGAGUGGAUGCUUUGGCUGUGGAGAACGCGGCACUGAGGAGCGAGUUGGGCCGACUUAUGGAAGAGCGUAACAAGCUCGCACAAGAAAAUGUCACUUUGAUGGAACAAGUGCUAGAAAAAUCACAACACGAGCAAGACACAAUGUUUGCUCCUAGUUAAUUCAUCAUUCAUUAAAUUUAAUACAUAAUUCUUUC